CAUAUUUUUAGAUCGGUGUAGAAUUUCUGUCGAUAAAGAAGAGUCAUUUUAAUACGGAACAGUUACCGACGUUGGGGUGUUGCAGUUUUUCUGGGAAGAUAGAGGACGUACGUGCAGUUAGGAAUGAAAUUUUGUAGUUCGUUGAAAAUGUAACGAGAAUUACAGAAAUAAAAGGUAAUUGUGUGUAUAAUUGUUUAAAAUGUAUAUUUAUGAGUGCUUAUCAAACUUCAGUGAUUGUUAAUAGAAGAAUAUUCUGUUUACAUAUGAUUAUUGAUUUCAUCCAAAAACAAUGUGUCCAUUAUACGAAUCAAAUGCAUAUUGAAUUGUACAUUUUAUUUUUCCCCAUAUUGAGACUAAACUAUUAUAUAUUUCUCUAUUAAUAAAUAAUAAUCGUAAGAGAACAAGUGAAAGAGAGAUAAAUAUUCAUUGUGUUUUUAUUAGAAGAUUUAUCAUGGAAAUAGAGUAACAUUAUCAAAUGUUAAACAAAAUAUUUCAUUCCUGAGGGCUAAAUUGAAUAGUUAAUUUUAUUAUGGAACAAGCUUGUCAGUCCUCAAGACCAUUGGAUUCUAUGACUGCUGAAUUUGAUUUUUCAGAAGUUUCUAUAUUUAACAGAGAAAAAAUCAAGAUUAAACAAGAGCCAUGUGAUAGGAACAACGUAAAGAUGAAUGACAAUUGUGUAUCGACUAAUAUACAGUGCAAAUAUAUCGACCUAACCGAGGAUAAUAACAGUGAGGAAGAAAAUGUUCCUUCUACAACUAAAAAUCUUAGUAACAAUGUAAUAACUAGUCGAAUUAGAAUGGAAUCUAUUUUAAUGGGUAAUGCAAUAAUUGAAAAUAGUAAACAUCUACAGCAAAAGAAACGUUCGUUUGUCAUAAAUAAAAGUAAUGAAAAUGUUGGGACGUUAGAAAAAAGUGAUAAUAUUAAUAGAUUUAAACUAGAAAGAGAUGAAGUACAGUUACAUAAAACGACUCAAUGUAACAUAUGUUUUUUGUCGUUCCGCAGUCAGAAAAUUUUAAAUUUUCAUAAUAGUUAUUAUGAACGUACUAAUAUUUAUUUUUGUAACAGUUGUGCUUCCAAAUCUUGUUAUCACAUUAAAGAGAAAAAUAGUAAGAAGGCGUGUUUAUGUUACAUUUAUGAAUGCGAUAUUUGUAAAGGACGGUUUAAGCAUAAGAGACGUAUGCAAGCUCACAUACUUCAUUACCACAAUAAAGAAAUAAAUGAGAUGGACGUCGUAGAAACUGAUAAAAUUAUGAUUAAUCAUUCGACUGUUUCACAUUCCAUCACCCCAAUCAAGGAUAAAUUGAUACAACAGAAAUGGGACAACGAAAGAGAAACAGAAGGAACGGUUAAUGAAAACUUACACAACUCUGAAGCGAGUAUGUGUGAAUCAUUAACAAUGAUUAAACAAGAAAAAGAAUGGACAGAUGAUCAAGAAGGUGAAUUAUCGAUGGAUCAUAUAGUUUCAAAUGUAUUUCAAACUAAAAACAAACCAAAAGAAAAUAGAAUGCAAUAUAAACAACCGUUUGUUCAAAUACACAUUAACAAGAAUAUGAUGGAAGCUCUUUUAAAAAUUUCGGAUAACAAUCUCCUUGACAAAUCUUUGCCAUAUGACGGUAAUACUAAUAGUAAUACUAAUAGUAAUAAUUAUAAAAGUAAUAAUAGUAUUACUACAAAAUCUUAUGCAUUACCUUCCCUAAAUAAUUCAAAAGAGGUUAAUAAUAGCGUAACAUCACCUACAGUUGUACAGAAAAAUAAUCAAAGCGAUGAUAAAUUAAGUAAACAUUUAAAUGCGUGUAAACCAUGUAUAAUUCCUCUGGUAAAAUGUGAUAGUAUUAUAAAUGUAAUAACACCAACUAAAUUGAAUUCGAAUUUUUUACAAUUUAAUAGACUAUCUUCUCGGAUUUCACGAUCAUCACUUAAUCAUAAGUCUAUUAACUGUAAAUUAAGACCUAUAAAAAGAAAGGGUACCACGUAUUCUUCUAUCGAAGAACUGCCCGUAAAAAUCACUCGAUCGCGAAGUAUUAAUAGUCCAUUAGAAUUACCUAUAAGCGAUAAUAUUAUACAUCGUAGGAAUAAAAGGAUGUUUGGUCAAAAAUUGAAAAGAUCUCCGAGAAAAAAUAAUAUAAAGAAUUCCAAAAUUACACCGAAUGUUGAGAAACUCAAUACUGAUGUAUUGAAAAACAAAAAACUUUCAAUUAAGAAUGUUAUAUUAAAGGAAGUUAAAAUAUCUUUGUUAAAGUUACCGGAGAUUAAAAAGGAAAUAAUCGAGUCGGCAAAUAUUGGAAACGAAAUUACUCCUGCAGAAACUUUUCCUUGUAAAAUUUGUAAUGCAUCGUUGACAUCGGAGAAAAAUCUGAAAAAACAUGUAAGGAAAUGUCACACGGCGUAUAUUUCAACUAUUUGCAAAGCGAGGUAUACCUCGAAACAACUUUUAUUGAAUCAUUAUUUAAAAGAACAUGACAUGUGGACUAGCAAAUGCUGCGUUUGUCAACAAUUCUUAAACAGCCGAUUAUUACUAAGACAACAUUUGCUUUUACAUUGUAUUAAAAUAACUUUAUCGAAGAAAGAUCGUCCUGUUUCAAAUAAGAAUUUUAAAUGUAGUUCAUUUAAAAAUUAUAAUUGCAAAUCUACUGCUUUUAAAAUAAUACUGCGAAUGCCGAAAUCGUCAAAGAAACGUCUAAAAAUUAAUCAUGAUGAUAAUAAAUAUUAUGUUGAUAAACCAACAGAGCAUCAGAAGAUCUAUAAUAAUGAUAAGAAUAAUAAAGAAAAACAAAAGAAACAUCAAGCGAUCGAUAAUGGUGAGAAUAAUAAAAAAAAAACAAUAGAACCUGAAGAAAUUAAUAAUGAUAAGAAGAAUAAUCAAGAGAAAACAAUAGAACCUGAAGAAAUUAAUAAUGAUAAGAAUAAUCAGGAAAAAUCAAUAGAAUUUCAAAAGGUUGAUGAUAAUGACGAUCAUAGCGAUUAUCUAGAAAUAUUAGAGGAUAAUUUUAACGUAAAUAACGCUGAGAAUAUGACGAAACAAGUUAGUAAAAGCAAAGAGAAUGAUGAUGCUAGUGUUAUUGAAAAAAGAAAUGAACCACAGACUGAUUCCGUAAUCUAUCUUGAUUUAAUAGAACCAUUAGAAAGUGAUAAUACUGAAGUUCCUUGUUCUAGUAAUAUGAUAGAAGAACCAAUAAUGGAUCCUUUGCAACUUGUUGACUCAACAUUUAUCAUUUGUAAUCCUAAUGAGAAUACACAAACAAAACUAACAUUAAAUAUUAGUAAUUCGAUACAACCGAGUGUUAACGACAGUAACGAGCCUAUAGAAGUAACAGAAAUUACAGCAGAGAAGAAAAAAUAUCCAUGUUCUAUUUGCAAACAACAGUUUCAAAAGCUUGAAAGUUUGCAACAACACAAACGUACCUACGAGUCGUCGUCCAAUAAUUAUUGUAGCCACUGUGGGCUUUCUUUUUCGACUAAAAAGGUAUUGAAAAAUCACAUGGAUGCUGCUCACGAUAUAAGUAUUUGUAAUUCAUAUAAAAUGCAUUGCCAAUUUUGUAAUCAAGGUUUCCGUACUCAGAACAAUCUUCGAAUACACGAGUUGCAUUAUCAUACAACAGCAGUAACUAAAAACAAAAAAAUCACGGAUUUCUUGCAAAUUUCGAAGAGCGAAAAUAAUCAAUCGACAAAAAUGAUUUGCAAGGUUUGCGGCGUAUUCUUUGACACUGUCGAACGUUAUCAGUUACAUAAUACGUAUUUUCAUAAGGAUCAUAUAUUUCACUGUAAAUUAUGUAACAAAGUAUUUCACGGAUUGUAUAUGAUGAACCGUCACAACAAACUUUUCCAUCAAUCUGGAGAUACUUUAUUAUUUUACAAAUACAGAUGCAUAUAUUGUCACGAAGGAUUUGCUGUCGAGAUACAAUUGCAAGCGCACAUGUCACACGUGCAUCCGAACAAACAAGUAGACAAAUCAUCGUUAAAUUCCAUGAAUUAUAAUGAAACUAAUAGAUCAUACGUAUGUUCAAAAUGUAACAUGGAAUUUCUUAGCGUUACCGAACUAUUGAUUCACAUUGAACAUUUUUCGGAUUAUGGCAGUUAUAGAUGUUUCAAAUGUUCUCGAAAAUGUUAUAACUUAUCGAUACUCAACAAUCACAUGAAUCUGACUCAUUUCGAUAACGAGUUAACGAAAAAAUACAUGUGUGAUAUUUGCGGUGAAGUUUUAACAUCCGAAAUUUUUCUUUUGUGUCAUCAGAAACACGUUCACGGUGAGUUAAAAAAUGAACAAACCGUAUCCACUGUCAUUAACAAAAAUCCUACAACUGAUUUACAUAUUGACGAGAUUGCUAAUGACGAUGUAUUAAAAAUCGAUAAUGAAACGGUAUUACAUACGAAUCCUCCUAAUUCCAUUCCGAACGCUGUCACAAAUUACAAUUUUUAUUGUUCGAUAUGUCCCGUUAAGUUUGAUAAGGAAAUUUAUUUGAAGGAACAUUUGAUCGAAUAUUUGGAUUACGGCGAUUAUCAGUGCAACGAAUGUCUAAGGCGAUUCGCAAAUGUUGAUUUUUUGAAAAACCACGUUGAAAAUCAUUUGAGACCGGGUAUGGUCAAGACGAAAUAUUAUUGCAUUCUUUGCAACGAAGUUUUUAAAUCCUCUAUGGUCCUCGAAUCUCACGUUGCUCAUUUGCACGCACGUAUUAUUUUUAAAGAUGAUUUGCCAAAGGAUGUUUAAUGUUUUUUCAUUUCUUUUUUUUUUUUUUUUUCCGUU